UGUGUGUUAGAGAGCGAGGGAGGGAGAGAGAAAGAAGAAGAGAGAAACGGAGAAAGAAAGGGAUCUCGGCAGUUCAGUUGGACUAGUUAGCUAGUAGUCAACCCGGAACGAGGAGCGAGGACUACUCCGUUUGGGAUUGAUUAUUUUUCUCGCUUCCAGGCUGGCAUGGAUAUUUUUGGAUUGUAAAAAAAAAAAGGAGUGCUUCGGUCGGGAGGUUCUGUACAACCGGGAUCUGGAUUUAUAAAGGCUUUUAAUGUAUUUCUUUGGGAUUUAAAAUCACUUGUUAAGGGUCUAAUUCAUGUUGUUCUUUCUCUCCGUGCCGGGUUAGAAGAGAGGAGAUGUAAAGGGGUGUUCGUUCCAAAGUCCGAAACUAUUACGAGUGCGUAAAGCGUUUUAGGGCUCCCUCUCUCUCUUGCCGUUCGCUUUCUAUAUUGAAUUCUACAUUUACUUAGUUCCCGUGUAGCUAUAGUCUACUCUCAUGAUAUUAUCAUGUGUGUAAAACAUUUGUUCAUCCACCCAGAGGCGUAGGGAACAUAACAGCUCGGGUCAAGAAUAGGCUUCAAAUAGCAGUUCUGCAUAUGAUUGACUACAUUCCCAGUAUGAAUGAAUUUUGAUUUCCCAAGGUCCCGAUCUAAUCUUGUUCUCCAGUCGGCUGUGCAUAACCUGCACGGCGCUCCGCUAACAUCAAUGUCCUACAACUAAAUUCCAAGUAGCUGGUAAACAGUUCCCCUUUGGUGACCCGAAUCAAGAGUAACCUAGAGAGAGAGAAAACCAACAUCUAGAUUUUUAAAUUGUCGUAUGUUCAGGACGAAACGCUCAGGUCUUGUGCGGCGACUCUGGAGAAACCGUUUGAUUCUACAUAGUGAGGGGGGAGAUGGUGGACAAUAUGGUCCAAGUAGCGAGGGCAGUCCUAGGGACGAUCUCUUCACAACCUGCCACAACCCGGAGAAAAUUACCAAAACGGAUCUCCGACCGAUGACGGCUAGCAGGUCGACUGCAGGGGACUUAGGUGGAUUAUGUGCUUUCAACUCGGCCGAGAGUUGCAGCGGCUGGGUGGGGGUCAGUUCGGACCAACAUGGGGGUGCUAUGUCGGUGACUGUGUGUGUCCAAGGGCCGGGGCAGGAGCAAGGCAGCCCUCGGGCAAUGCAGGACAGCGAAUGCAGGAAGGCAACGUGUUGUUUAUUUAAAGACCGGGACGACUGUGAAGUUGAACCCAUUGCUCCAGGAAGGGAACCGUUACCAGACUCCUUCGUUUUGAGGAACCACGGCGGUGGAGCUCGGGAUAACGGUUCUCCUGAGGCGAAGCUGUGCACGGUGCUGGAGCAGGAACUGAAAACCGCCACUUAUUCUCUGUUGAAAUGCCUAAAGGAGAAAACCCUGGAUACUUUACUGGAGGCGGUGGAGUCCAGAGAAGGGAUGUGGAGCGAUUGUGUGAUGGUAUCCCAGACAGAGAUGCAUCUGGGCGGACACACGGCCAUAUCUCCGCGGCUGCUGCUGUGUAAACUCUACCGUUGGUCGGACCUCCAGAACACGGCCCAGCUCAAGCCGCUCUGUGAGUGCAGGAGCUUUGGGACUCUGGAUGGCCCCGUCGUAUGCUGUAACCCCUAUCACUACAGCCGGCUCUGCAGCGUAGAGUCGCCCCCACCACCAUACUCACGGCUGUCCCCUACAGAGGAACAAAAGCCACUUGAUGCCAGUAUGUCCCCGGACGUCUCCAAGCAGAGCCAGUGGUGUCACAUGGCCUACUGGGAACACCGUGAGCGCGUGGGCCGUCUCUACCCGGUCUACCACACCUCCGUCUCUGUCUUCUAUGAUCUACCUCAGGGAUCCGGCUUCUGUCUGAGCCAGCUCAGCCUCCACAAUACCCAUCAACCCUGUUCCACAGACCACCCCCGCUCCAGUACCGUCCAGCGCACACGCGCCAAGAUCGGUUACGGUAUCCUCCUCAGUAAGGAACCGGACGGGGUGUGGGCCUAUAACCGGAGUCAACACCCCAUCUUUGUGAAUUCCCCGACCCUGGAUGUUCCUGGGUGCAGGAGUCUGGUUGUGAGGAAGGUGAUGUCAGGAUAUUCUAUCAGGGUGUUUGACUGGGAGAGAUCCGGCAUGUUGAGGAGCUUGCAGCACGCAGACCCUAUAGAGCUGCUAGAGGGGCCCUAUGAUCCUAACAGUGUGAGGAUUAGCUUCGCUAAGGGAUGGGGCCCCUGCUAUUCCAGACAGUUUAUUACAUCAUGCCCCUGCUGGCUGGAGAUACUGCUCAACACACACACAUAAUACAGAGAGAGAGAGAGAGAGAAUGAGAGAUAUAAUAAGAGCGAGAGAAAGAAAGAAUGAGAUAGAGAAUGAGAGAGAGAGAGAGAAUGACAGAGACAGAGAGAGAAUGAGAAAGCGAGAACGAGAGAGAGACUAUACCACAUUUCAUCUACCUAGAUUUAAUAUAAAGUUUUAUAUAUUAUAUCAAACAUAUAUAUUAUACUGUAAGUAAAUAUAUAUUCUACUGUGAAUAAAUAUAUAUUAU